AGUCGUUAUUUUGCAAACUUGCUGUUUACAAUAAUAUUGUAACAUAAAUUUUAUCAUAAAACUGUGUACAUACUUAACAAAAAAUAUUAAAAACAGGUUAAGAAGAUCUCGUAGUGAAGUAAUGAGUCAUUAAAUAAAGUUAAAAGUAAUAAAGUUUAAGGAUAUUCAUUUGCACAACAACAUCGAAUGGCACAACAUAAAAUGGAUCGUGACGAGGUUCUUGUGAAGCUGGUUGAACAUGAGAGCAUAAUCUGGAAACGUAAUCAUUCGCAUUUUAAAAAUGUCACAUUGAAAGAGCAGGCAUGGGGACGAGUAGCAUAUCAAUUAGGGAUAUCAACAACGGAAGCUGAACGUCGAUUCAAAUCGAUAAGGGAAAAAUACAGACGACGGAAAAUUCUUCUAGAGCGUGAUUCGACUAAUAAUGUUGAACAUUCAAAACUGAAACGAUGGGAUCUGUACAACAAAUUAGGAUUUCUUGAUGACUUCAUGAUACCAAGAAAUGGAAGCGAAAGCUUAGGAACUAUAUCGCUCAAGUCUGAAUCAGUAUCAAGCGAAAACAUUUCAUCAACCAAUGAAGUAACGAUACAAGCAGUUCCUAAAAUUCAUACUUCAACAGCAAAUUUAUUAAAACCUCAACAGAUAGCAAACCUAAUAAUACGACCACUAAUGCAUAUAAAUCACCAAACAACCCCUCAAAAUAUUUCUCGAUCUUCUCAAUCUACUCCAAGUCCUAGUACAACAACUGCCAACAUUACCAAUGAGUCGACAGAAAAUAACCAGUUUAAUCCAAUUGUAAAAAUGGAAGUAGCAGAUGAUGACACCGAUAACAACGUUGAUGAAACGAAUGUUUGCAUGGAACAAAAAUUCUGCGAAAACGGUAAUUUUAAUUAUGUUGGCGAUUUUAUUUCUGCUGAGUUGAACAAGUUGCCACUGCGUGAUGCUUUUAUGCUCAAGAAUAUUCUCGUUCGAGAAGUCCUGAACUUCAGCGACAAAGUUAUGUUGACGACAAUUACGGAAAAGCAUUGAAAAUAAAAAAAAUGUGAAGCUUAACAAAUGAAAAACAGAUUACGUGACGUAUUAGGUUGAAAAAAAUAUUAUAAAAAAUAUUUCUGAGUUUAAAUCAUUCACAAGGCUAUUUUUUAGCAAAUCUACGCUUGAACUUCAAGCCUUGAAGUGAUUCAUCACUUAGCAACAUUUUGUUGCUUUAAUUUACAGCUAUAAAUUCCCCACCACAGUUGAAAUCUCACUUUGAUUUUAAGGCGUUUUCCACUUAUCUAUGAACAUUCCAUUAUAAACAUUCCUUAAAACUUUUUUUUUUCUUGCUUUGUUUUCGUCUGAUACGAUUUAAUGUUCAUUCAUUUUAAUUCAUCUUCGUGGUAUUUUUGAGUGUUAAGGAGAAAUAAAAAGAAAUUAUAAGAUAAGGAUGAGAUGUGAGUCUUAAGCGCUUUGACUUAUAUUUAUAGAAGAUUUGAUUAGCUUAAGAUGUUAUUCUGAUAUAAAAUAUAUUUUUGAUACAUUAAAGCUCUGUAAAAAUAGAGUUUUAAAAUUUCGCUUCUGAAUAAUGAAACAAAAUGUGCGUUGUAGAUAUUUUCAUAAAGCUCAUUAAUCUUGUAUAUUUUCUUAAACAAAUAUAUGUUUGUUUGUAAUAGACAUUUGUGGAAAGAACAACAUCAAUAAUGUUAUAUUUAAUUGAAUCAACAGAAUUUUUUCUUCUUUUGUUUAAGUCUACAUAUAAAAUCAAUCCACCAAUUAUGCAAUAAAAUUUGUUGCUAAAUACAUG